AUGACAUUUAUUUCAAUAGAAUUUUGUUUUAUUACUAUUCUUAUUUUAUUUAUAUUUAUUAUUAAUAUAUCUCAUAUAUUAUAUUUAAUUAUAUGUGAUAAUGAUAAAAAAAAUAAAUAUUUUCGUUUAAUACUUUUUAAUUUUUCUUAUUCAUCAUUAAUUAUUGUUAUUUGGCUUUUACCAUUUUUUUAUUUUCGUACUAUAUGGUCAUCAGAAUCAUUUAUUUGGCGUUUAUGGUCAUUUUUUUUUCAUGUGGUUGAUGCUGUUCAACUUUAUUCUCUACUUUUAUUCAUUACUAAUACAAAUAUCAUUAAUUUUUCUUUACAAAAAUUCUGUAUUUUUCUUAGUUGGAUAGCACCUUUAGUUACUUAUUCACCAAUCUUAUGGUUAUCAUCGCCAUAUGAUAAAAUUGAUUAUUUUCCAUAUCGUAGAUUAUCUACUGAUGUACCUUGGUGGAUAUUGCCAAUAUUAUAUUCUUGUACGUAUCUUGUUCCAAUAUUUAUUUCCGUGAUGUUAACUAGUAUGACACUUUGUUGGCCAUGGAUUUAUAAACAAUAUAAAAAACAAAAAAAUGCAUCUCAAAGACAAGCAAAUGAACAUCGUGAAAAUAUGGCAGAAUUGACAAGUCUUGUUGAAACAGUUUUAAAUUUUGAAUUAGAUCAAUCAACAAUAAAUACACUUAAUGUGAGAAAUAUUGAAUUUUUAUUUUCUUUUGUCGAUUAUUGA